AUGUCCGGUCCCCACCGGUCAUUCAGCUUCAACCAAGGUGAUGAUGGUGCGGGAGACGCAGGAGAUGUUUCACCAAUCCGUUCUCAAGAAGGACAUUUCAUGAACAGCCCUCCCCGGCACAACGACGUGUCCCCGGUUUCUGCCAGAAGCCAGGCGAUGGGAAGCUCGCCUUCCAGCGGCUUCUUGUCGGCGCACGAGCACGGCGAUCGGGGUUGGGGUCAGAAUUCGGGGCAUACGCAAGCGAUGCGCACGAAUUCAACAACGCCAGGAAUGGACAAUCUUGGCCCUGCCGCCGUGGGCGGUGGUAUCAGUGGUAUCGCCCUUGGCGUUGCCAACUCCCAUAACCGUCAGAGUGGAAUUGACGCUUUUAGGGACACAGACGGACGCAACCUGCCUGCUGAACGAGGCUACAACACCACCGGAUCCGACAACCCAUACGUUCCAACCCCCCCAGGCGGCGGAUCGCACGGAAGCGCCGAGAACUUGCGGCCCCGAGACUCUUACGGUUCGAACGUUGCAUUGGGUGCCGCUGCCGCUCCCGCAGGCCAGCUGACCCCCGGUGGCUCCAAUCCGUCCCAACGCAGUUUAUUUGAUAGUCCGUAUCAGGGUGUGGGAGCUAUGGAUGCGGGCCCAUAUCAACGACAGUCCGCCUACAGUGCUGCGGGCGACUAUCCCCUUGUCAUAAACCCUGAUGAGAUCGCCGAUGAUGGGGAUGAUGGCUUCACGCCUGUCCCGAAUGGCAAGUCUGCGAGUUCUAAUGCAAGAGCAAUUCCGGCAGCCGCCGCUGGGGGAGCUGCCGGGGGUGGGUUAUUUGGCUUGUUCAAGUCGAAGAAAGCCGACAAUCCGUCCUAUGGGCCUGUGCCAGGGGCAGGAUUGGAGGCUGGAGAAAAGAGCCGGUGGGUCAAACCUACACCCGGGGGAGGAAGUCGCAAACGUGGGUGGAUUGUAGGCCUUGCCUUGGCCUUCAUUGUUGUCGGGGCGAUCGUCGGCGGCGCUGUCGGUGGUACUCUAGGAAAUCGAGAAAAUGAAGCCCCGGAUACUACAAAAUCGGCGUCUAGCGAUACCGAAUCGAAUGGCGAUCUCAACAAAGACUCCUCGGAAAUCAAAGAUUUAAUGAAUAAUCCCGACCUCCACAAAGUAUUUCCGGGCAUGGACUAUACUCCCUGGGGCGUCCAGUAUCCGCUUUGUCUUAAAUAUCCACCUUCGCAAAACAAUGUCACUCGUGAUGUGGCAGUGCUCUCACAGUUGACCAACACUGUCCGGCUCUACGGCACGGAUUGCAAUCAAACAGAGAUGGUCUUACAUGCUAUUGACAGACUAGAAUUGAAGGACAUGAAGGUCUGGCUAGGAGUCUGGAUCGACUCGAACGACACGACGAACGAUCGACAGAUCAAGCAACUAUACAAGGUCCUGGACGAUACGAAAGAUAUAUCCAUUUUCAAGGGAGCCAUUGUCGGGAACGAAGCACUGUAUCGGGCUGGUAAUGAUAUCGCAAGCGCGAAAAAGAAGCUGAUCUCGUAUAUGGAUGAUGUGAGGAAUCACUUCAAAGAGAAAAACUACGACCUCCCCAUAGCGACGUCCGACCUCGGCGACAACUGGAAGGAAGAUCUCGUCACGGCCACAGAUCUCGUGAUGUCUAACGUGCACCCUUUCUUCGCGGGUGUUACGGCUAAGGAAGCUGCCGGCUGGACCUGGAAUUUUUGGAACCAAAACGAUGUCCCGCUAACGAAGGGCACAAAUAAGAAGCAAGUCAUAUCUGAGGUGGGAUGGCCAAGUGGUGGCGGUAAUGAUUGCGGUUCGAACAACAAGUGUACGGACGAUACGUCCGGCUCCGUAGCUGGCAUCGAUGAAAUGAACCAAUUUAUGUCGGAUUGGAUUUGCCAGGCAUUGGAGAAUGGCACAGAUUACUUCUGGUUCGAGGCGUUCGAUGAGCCGUGGAAGGUCCAGUAUAACACCAAGGAUGAGAAUUGGGAAGAUAAAUGGGGCCUUAUGGAUGCCGCGCGCAAGUUGAAGCCAGGGCUCAAGAUUCCUGAUUGUGGCGGCAAGACAGCCGCAUAA